UCAUGCAUGUACGUAGAGUUACACCCAAGCUUAUCGUUUAUAGAACCGCAACUGGACACAGGUUGAAAAAACUUGAGUUACCCGCAUAGUUAUUAUAUUAAAAGCAUUUCUGUAUGUGCGCUCUCCGUGAAUCGUCUAUUCUACUAAAUUUUAGCCUCAUUGAGCCUUAAUUGUAAGUAUAGUGCAUAACUGCAACGUAGAAGAACAUUGGGUCCACAGGGCUCACUCUUGCCAUCCGCAGGUGCUGAUGGAGGACGAAGACUUCGAGCACCAGCUGAGGCUCGAGCAGCAGGAGAAGGCUCGAGCAGAAACGGCGGCGGAAGCAGACCCAUAUACGUACAAAGAUCCUAAUGACGGAACCGUCUAUGAGUGGGAUCAUGAGAAACGAGCAUGGUUUCCCAAGAUCGACGACGACUUCAUUGCAAUGUACCAAUCAAAUUAUGGGUAUAGUGAUUCUGGUAAAAUGAGUGCAGGUGAUACAAAGGAAAACGAAAAAGAGCAGCCUGAGAAUCUUGAUUACGCGCAAAUCGCUUCAACAGACGCUCCUUCAACAAGUCACAGUACCGAGACGCCAUCUAGUUCGGCAACGAUUGGGGCGAAAAAUGUAGCUGGUUCGCAAAUCUUAAAAAAGAAAGGUCUUAAAAAUAGCGGCUCAAAAAGGCCGGUUUCCUGGUUUGAAUUAGACGACGCUCAUAACUCAAAAGUUUACGUAAGCGGAUUACCAGUUGAAGAUUUUGACGAAGAAAAAUUUGUUGAAUUGAUGUCUAAGUACGGAAUGGUUUUUAAAGAUGAAGCAGGCCGAUUUAAAGUGAAGCUAUACCGUGGAACAGAUGGAAAACUAAAGGGUGACGGGCUGUGUACCUAUAUUAAAGUGGAGAGCGUUCACUUAGCCAUCAACUUAUUAGAUGGAACUAAAAUAGGCGACAAACAGAUACACGUUGAAAGAGCUACGUUUGAGAUGAAGGGUCAGUUCGAUCCCAGUAAGAAACCUAAACAGCUUAAAAAAAAGGAAAAAGAGAAGCUCAGGCGGAAAAUCGACAAGUUGUUUGCGUGGAAACCGGAAAAGCUCCGAGGAGAGAGAAACAAGUGUGAGAACACAGUAGUUCUGAAAAAUUUCUUUGAGCCGAAGGACUUCGACGAAGAUGCCCGACUCAUUCUGGAGUACCAAAAAGACCUGCGGGACGAAUGCGAAGAAAAAUUCGGUGGCGUCAAAAAAGUCGUCAUUUACGAUCGUCAUCCUGACGGCGUAGCUACUGUCACUUUCAAUGAGGUGGAACACGCUGAUGCUUGUAUUGCCAUGAUGAAAGGGCGUUUUUUUGCUGGUCGCCAAUUACAAGCGGAUCACUGGGAUGGGAAGGAACGAUUCAAAGUAGCCGAAACAGAAGAACAGCUUGAGGAACGAUUGAAAAAGUGGGAUGAAUUCCUCGAAAAAGAAUAAAAGCGUAAAGCAAAUGCCAUAAAGAAAGCGGCUGAUCAAUAGAGUAUAUUAUAGAAAUACUUUGUGGAAAGCAUUAAAAAAAUCCUACGUAUAAUUGUCUCCACAAUGUGAAAGGUUAUUAGUGAAAUGACAAACUAGGCCUGUAUUGUUUUUUAAAGAUUAUUCCCGCUGUUUCUUUACUACCAGCUACUAAUGAAAUGACAGACCCGGGCGCUGGGCUUGUAUUGUUUUCUAAAGAUUAUUCCCGCUGUUUCCUUACUACUAGCUAUUCCUAUAAAUUUGAUCAGCCUUGGAGCUCUGCCGUUGUCCAAACAAUGUUAACUAGUUGAGAACCGCUACAGUAAUAUCUACAAAGAGCUACAAUACGAGCAAAUACAGAAAGCAUCUGGUUCCUUUACUUCUGACUUGGUUUAAAAACACUCUUUUGGUGUUCAUGAGAAUAAAUUAUGAGGCAUUAAAGCGGCGCCGCCAGAGAUUAAGGCACAGAGCUACUGGUCUUCGGUGCGCGAAAGCAGAUACACUGAUAUAUAGAUAUUAUUGUCAUACUGUAAUAAUCAUAUUUAGCUUAGGUUCAUUCCGCUAGGGUGGAAAUCGUAGAAGAUGUGGAACGCAAAAAACAUUUUAUUGCUAAUAUCCUAUUAGCUAAAUGGAUGUACUGUCGGAGUUCAAACAUGCCACAGGAACUUGGUCUAAAAUAUCAUAAAUAAAAAAAUACUGGUAAACGUGUACUGUCUUUUUCAAACAGUUUUACUUGCACAUAGUAUUCAUUUUCUGUCCACAAAAACUGCAAGGGAUAUUGUUUAUUGUGCACUUAUUAUUAAGGUUAGUGGCAACCUUCUCUUUGAGUUGUUUAUCCUAACCAUUUAGCUCUCUGCUAGCGACACCCAUAUAUAAUUAAACAACAGCUUGUUCGAAAGUGAUUUGGCUUAAGUAUUUGUCCGCAUGCCUUUCAUUUCUCUGUUCUAAUAGCUUUUAUAUAAGCCUUAGUAAUAAAAAGUGAGUAAAGAAAGUGAUAACUAAAAUAACCAAAAUCGGUGAUGAUUUCACAGAGUCGUCCAGCCCUGCUGUUAUUUUUAGCACAUGUAAAAAAAUCAUGUCAUAUUUACGGCUGAAAGGAGAUUCAGAGUAUUAUUAAGUUGUGAUCGCUCAGCCAGUGUUCAUUUGGAGACAACAAUUAGGAAGUACAACGAUAUCAUACAGACAAAAUGCUUAAAAAACAACUGACAGUUCGUCGUGGUAGAUCAUAAACAUAUUACUUUUCAGAUUAACACAGAUUAUUGGAAAGGAAAAAGACUACCACCAAACCAGAGAGAAAUUCAUUGCAUAAUUCUCGGGCUUAUUGCAUCAGUUAUUGAACACUAAAAACUGUUGGUAAAUACUUUAUCACUCAAAGAAGUAAUUUAUUAAACAAAUAAAAACAUUGUUGCGCUAAUUCUACUUAU